GAAGCUACUCACCCAUUCUUUUGAGAAAAAUAGAUAUAUCCUUCUUCGGUUGGCCUUUCAAGCAACAAUUUAUUUAUUACAUAUGGCAAGAACGAAAAGAGAGGAAGUAUAAAACGCAUUACCGGACUUACAACAAACUCACUCGUACGAUAGAGAAGGUGAUACUGUCGCGAAUCAUGUCUUUGAAAAACUACGAAAACAAGAGGAUGUGAGGGUAGCUGCAACUAUGGUUUAGCUCUAGACUUAUUCUUAUUUGUAUUACUUAUCAGAUAUACCGACUAAUCAAAUUUUCCAAUCUCCAAAAGAAAUUCUCUCACUUCUAUUUUUCAGAGAGAAGGUGAUUCCCCGUUUACCGGAUUUAAACUCCAAAAAAACUUCUCCUCUCUUCACUCUUUAAUAAACAGUGAGAUCCAACGGCUAAUAGCAUGGCACAGAUCUAAACCUAAACCUAGUAGCGUAUAAACCGCUGAUAUAGAAGAGGCAACCCCUUGUCUCGCUUUCUUAUCUUUGUUUCUCCCGAUCGAAUAGAAAAAGUCUCAAAUUUCUCUGGCAAUCUCUACGUCGAAACCAUGCAAAGUUCUUUAUCUAUCUCUUCUUACACAUGCGUCUUCUGGGAUGUCGACGAUUACCCAAUCCCUAAAGAUAUCAAGAUUUGGGUUUAUGGUUUGAGAGUUAUGGCUAAUUUCCCAAAACAGAUCCGGAAUGAUACAACGCUACGAGCUGCCAACCUUUGAGAUCAACUGUUGCGUCAAACGACAAGGCACCAGAAGAAAAUAUUUGGUGGUUCGUUUGUGGGAAUCGAGGCUUAUGGUGAGGAUGAGAUCCCCGAAGCCUUGGAUGAAAAAUUGAUCGAAGACGGAAUGAUCAUGUACAACCCCAAAGGUUCAGUUAAUUUAAUGAUAGAGGACAUUACGAACAUAGAAUGUAACUAUUCUGAUAAGCCACACAAUUUGAUGGUAAUCUCCAAAAAAAUCCCUGAAGACAAUGAGUCCAUGAGGGUUCUUUCGGCUUUGAGAUCGAGAGGUCGCAAUGUUCUGUUGGUACAGCCUGACGAUGAGGCCGCAUCAGAAAAGCUGUUUCUUACUCCAGAGUCCAUAUCGGACUGUACAAGAUAUUUAAAUGGAGAAAAGCCUAUUGACGAAAUUGUUGACUAUACUUCUUCUUGUACUAGCUGGGAAACUGAUACGGAUUAUUAUACUAAUACUGAGAAAGUGGAGGACUCCAAUGUUCUCUUGGUACAGCCUCAUGAUGAGGCGGCAUCAGAAAAGCUGUUUCAUACUUCAUUACUACGUGAUCUAUUUUUAUUUUUAUUUGUUUAUGCAUGCGUUCUCCGUUUUGCAAACACUAAUUUGCUCUCUUUUUUUUUUUUCUUCUCUCCCAAUUCUAUCGUGAUCUCAGUCGAAACCAUGAAUGAAGAUUUUUCCAGGCCUAUUACACGCGUUGAUGGGCGUAAGACAGGCGUCUUCUGGGACGUCGAUGAUUCACCACUCCCUAAUGAUCUUGUUGGAAUUGAACCUUUGAUUAAACCUGCAGAAGAAGAAGAAGCUUCAGCGAGAAGAAGAAGUGCUCAUAGAGCAAAGGCAAAGGAAGAAUAAGAAGAAGUCGUGACAAGGUCAACGACACAUAGAGAAGAAGGAGCAAAGUCAACAAGAAGAAAGGUGUUGGGCUUUGUGUGGUUUGGUCCUAAGAAGACUAAUGGGCUACGUUUUUGGUUAAGGCCCAAAUUAAAGGAAGUGUGUUUUGUUAGUUAAAGUGCUAGCUAAAGACUAGAGUUGUGUUGUGUAAGAGUUGUUGGUUAACCUUGCUUGUGAGCUUGGUUAUAACCUUAGGUAAUGAUGUCUAGAAGUAAGGUCUAGGUCUAAGUAGAAGUAUGGUUGCAAAUGUGUGUGGUCAGUAGAAAAACCACUAUAUCUAUGUGUGUGUGUCUUGUAAGAAAAGUAUCUUUUGAUCCAAUAAACAAGAUGUAGACAAUUAAUUGUUUCUCUCUUCUCUCUUACUAAACGUUUGUGUAACAAUCAAAGAGAGUAAAGAGAGAACAAGGUAAUCUCUGUUUC